AUGAUCUAUAUUGCUGAAGGUGAAGAUAAAAAAGCAUUUGAUAAUGAACCUCACUCAUCCAUAGACGAGAUUCAUUCAACAGCAGCUGUAAAGUUGAAGGUUGCUCUGGCUGAAGCCGACGAAGAAGAAUUGAACGUGGUGGCCUACAGUAAAUGGAAAGACACUGAAAUAUCUGACGUUGAAGAAGAUACACAUCCUUAUAUCGACACGUCAUCAUUAUUUCGAUGGAGACAUCAGGCACGAAUAGCACGCAUGGAAGAGCAAAGACGAUGCAAGAAAGAAACUGAAAAAGAACAUGAAAGUGAACAUACAGCAAAUUAUUUGGUUAUUUGGUGCAUACAUUUGGAGAUGGAGGAGAAACAUGACCUAAUGGAUCAUGUGUCUCACCUACGUAUUUGUAUUCAGUACAUACAGGAACGGCACAAAAAGUCUAUCUUUUUUGCUUCAUAUGUCUUACCUACAAAGGCAGACAAUAUUGCUGAAGGUGAAGAUAAAAAAGCAUUUGAUAAUGAACCUCACUCAUCCAUAGACGAGAUUCAUUCAACAGCAGCUGUAAAGUUGAAGGUUGCUCUGGCUGAAGCCGACGAAGAAGAAUGUUAA